AGGCGAGGGCAUCGGCGGCGAGGCGAGGCGGCCAUGGAGGAUCUGAGCGUGGAGGAGCUCGCCUCCAAUCUCUCCACCUACAAGGAGCAGCUCCGCGAGGUUAGGAAGAUUAUCAAGGAGAAAAACGAUGAUCCUGGAAUUUCUGAAUACCUUGAUAUGGAAAAGGAACUUCAAGAGGAGCCAUGCCCAACAAGGUAGCAUGAAAAGGCAGCUUGCAACAUUUUUGUGGGGCAUUUAGGUUUUAUUGUAACCUUGAAAGGUCUGUGUCUCAUGGUUAUUACAUUAACAGAAGAGCUUUUGGCAACUGCAAAUCAAAGUGGGAACACCCAGAAUGAUGUAGGUCUAUCACCGCCAAAUUAUUCAAGCGGACUGCAGUCAGAGGCACUGGAUGACCCUUCGCAAUCCCAUGAGAAGUUUGCAGUUGGGACUAAAGUGCAAGCUGUGUGGAGUGAAGAUGGGGAGUGGUACAAUGCAACAAUUGAAGAACUGACAGAAAACGGCUAUUAUGUAAGCUUUGAGGGCUGGGGAAACAAAGAGGAGGUUGACCCUGCUAAUGUAAGAUCGCUUGAGGAAGAAGCUGCUGAUGCUUUGCGUCAAGCUGAAAAGGAAGCUGAAGCUACCAAAAUGGCAAUAAAGAGGAAAAUUGAACAGGCAGCAACAUCUGACUUUCAGAUGCGUAGCUUACCCACCAAACUCCGUAUCGAUCCAAAUGAUCCGGAGGAUGUGAAAGCCACAAAGCGUAAGAAGAUCCAUGCAUUCAAGUCAAAAGCCCGCUUUGAGCAGCUAGAAUUUGCACAAAAUAAGAGGCAGAAUGCAUGGCAGCAGUUCCAAACGACCAAAGGGAAAGCCAAAAAGGUUGGGUUCUUUUCCGGUCGCAAAAAGGAGAGCAUCUUCAAGUCACCGGAUGAUCACAGAGGUAAGGUCGGUGUCACUGGGAGCGGGAAAGGCCUUACCGAGUUCCAGAGAAGGGAGAAGCACCUCCAUCUCAAGGAUGGCUCUUCCGAUGCAUUGGACGAGGAAUAAACCGGCUUAGGCUUUUAGCUUGUGAGAGGCGUAUCACAAACACCGCCAUGUCCGGCGCUUAUUUCCGGACCUGGUCUGAGUGGAGUUUGUACUCUUGUACCAAUGUAUGCUCCACUUGUCCAAACUAGAAACAACAUAACAUUACAUAACAUAGAGAUAUUCAUGUUUUAUCUGUCCCCUAUGGUACAGUUCUCAUGUUGAUUCUGAUGGCGGUGCCUCUUCCUUUC